UUGUGUUUUAUCAGCCCAAACAAAGCAAGCGCUUCAAUCGUUUAAGCAGUACCAUCACUGAUCUUCGUUCCACAAGGGUUGUCUCGUGCUGGCAAAUCUCCUGUUGAGUGCUGACCCAAGAUUGGGAACCCGCUUCUAGGCUCUGUAAUUGAUUGCAUAAUAGUAAAUAUAAUGGGUGAAAGUACAAGUGUUGCUGACCUGAAGACAAAGGGCUUUACUAAGAAUAACAUGGAUCACAAAGUAAAUGUAUAUGUAUGGGAUAUGGAUGAGACUCUUAUACUUCUCAAGUCUUUGUUGAAUGGGACGUAUGCGGAGGCUUUCAAUGGUUCAAAGGAUGUACAAGAGGGAAUAGAGAUCGGAAAGGUGUGGGAGAAGUAUAUUCUUGAUUUGUGCGACAAUCAUUUCUUUUAUGAACAGAUUGAAAACUACAAUAAACCAUUUCUUGGUGCCUUAAGCCAGUAUGAUGAUGGACGUGAUCUUUCUGAAUAUGAUUUCAACCAUGAUGGGUUUGGUCCUCCAUAUGAUGAUGCUAGCAAAACAAAACUUGCUUAUAGGCAUAGAGUUAUUGCCCACAACUACAAACAGGGUUUGCAUAGAUUUUUUGAUCAAGAGAUGAUAAAACAGUGGGAUGAGUUGUAUAAUAUGACUGAUAAAUAUACAGACAGAUGGCUGUCCUCAGCUCAUGCCUUCUUGGAGGAGUGUUCCUCUGGGCUCGAAGAUAGUUCUGUUGCCUCUGCUGGUUCAAAGUGUCAACAUAUUAAUCUAUUAGUGACAUCUGGCUCAUUGAUCCCCAGCCUUGUAAAAUGCAUGCUUUUUCGAUUUGACAAUUUGAUAACACAUGGAAAUGUCUAUAGUUCAUGGGAAGUGGGGAAACCCCAAUGUUUUCAAUGGAUCAAAGAACGUUUUGACAGCCCAAAUGUCCGUUUUUGUGUAAUUGGAGAUGGCUGGGAGGAAUGUGAAGCUGCUGAACUCAUGCGUUGGCCAUUCAUUAAAAUUGAUCCACGACCAGGCUGCUCUCACAGGUUUCCAGGCCUCACUUUGGCGACAGUAGGAUGCUAUCUUUCCAUUGUUUAUGGGAAUCCUGAUCCAGAGAGUGAUAAAGAGUAAAAUGAUUUACGAUAGGUAAGUCUUUCCGGGUAUUUCUAUCUGUACAUAAAAUCUUUCCUUUUGUGGAACUUACAUGUAAGUCAAAUUUGUACAAUUAAUCCUGAUAGAUGACAAUAAACAUCUCAUAUGCCACAAAUUGAUUUAUUAUCAAAAGAAAGUUCCACUUUUCUUUUUC